UUGAGAGCGUAGGGAACUUGGCGUGCCCUUGCGGCGACGUCUUAUUCGGCUUGCAAAUGCUCGGAAGACCGAGGCGCUACGUGGGGAGCCCAUCCAGGUUUUGACACCAGACUUAGAUUUGAGAAACACCUCGGUUUUUCGCCCCCGAUCGUGAAGAUGCCCCACCGAUGUGGGGAGCAGAAGAAGACCCCCGAAGGAAGGCGUUGCUCGUGAGCAUUUAGAAGAUGAGGGGGUUAAACGUAGCUUGAAUUCGAUUCAAGGCAUCCCCAGGAGGAGGCGGGAAAGCUGGAGGAAGCAGCACCAACAAGAGUGGGGUCAUCCUGGACAUCUCCUCUUUGACCAUGAACGAGCUGGACUCGGAGGUCCUUCCCCUGCCGCCUCGCUAUCGGUUUCGAGACUUGCUCUUGGGCGACCAGAGCUUCCAAAAUGAGGACAGGCCACAUAAUGAAGAUUUCAGUAUGGAUUCAUCGCUUUCACAGGUUGAGGUGGAGUUUUACGUGAACGAGAACACCUUUAAAGAACGUCUAAAGCUAUUCUUCAUCAAAAACCAACGAUCGAGCCUGAGGAUACGUCUCUUUAACUUCUCACUCAAGCUUCUCACUUGCCUUCUUUAUAUUGUCCGCGUUCUGCUGGAUGACCCAGAACGGAUAGGAUGCUGGGAGUGUGAGAAACACAUCUACUCCUCCUUCAAUCAAUCAUCGUCGGAAAUCAACUGGGCUCCCAUUUUGUGGGUGGAUCGCAACAAGCCGUUGUGGGCAAUACAAGUCAGUGUAGCCAUCAUUAGCUUUCUUGAGACAAUGCUUCUGAUCUACCUCAGCUAUAAGGGUAACAUUUGCGAGCAAAUCUUUCGUGUUUCCUUCAUCCUUGAAAUGAUCAACACCGUGCCCUUUAUUAUCACGAUAUUUUGGCCACCUCUACGGAAUUUAUUCAUUCCCGUGUUCUUGAAUUGCUGGUUGGCGAAGUAUGCUUUGGAGAACAUGAUAAAUGACUUGCAUCGAGCAAUACAACGGACUCAGUCUGCCAUGUUCAACCAAGUGCUCAUUUUAAUUUGCACUCUGCUUUGUCUUGUUUUCACUGGAACCUGUGGCAUCCAGCAUUUAGAAAGAGCCGGUGAGAACCUCUCGCUCUUCAAGUCCUUCUAUUUUUGCAUCGUCACCUUCUCCACCGUCGGCUAUGGAGACGUGACCCCCAAGAUCUGGCCUUCUCAGCUACUGGUGGUGAUCAUGAUAUGCGUGGCCCUGGUGGUCUUGCCUCUGCAGUUUGAAGAACUGGUGUACCUGUGGAUGGAGCGCCAGAAGUCAGGAGGAAAUUACAGCCGCCAUCGGGCUCAGACGGAGAAGCAUGUUGUGCUUUGUGUCAGCUCCCUUAAGAUAGAUCUGCUGAUGGAUUUCCUCAACGAGUUCUAUGCUCAUCCAAGGCUGCAGGAUUACUACGUGGUCAUCCUUUGCCCUACAGAAAUGGAUAUUCAGGUGCGCCGCGUGCUUCAGAUCCCAUUGUGGUCCCAGCGGGUGAUCUACCUCCAGGGAUCUGCCCUGAAGGAUCAGGAUCUCAUGAGAGCGAAGAUGGACAAUGGAGAAGCUUGCUUCAUUCUGAGCAGUCGAAAUGAGGUGGACCGCACAGCUGCUGAUCAUCAAACCAUACUAAGAGCUUGGGCGGUGAAGGAUUUUGCUCCCAACUGCCCCCUCUACGUUCAGAUUCUGAAGCCGGAGAAUAAAUUCCACGUCAAAUUUGCAGAUCAUGUGGUGUGCGAAGAGGAAUGCAAAUUCGCCAUGCUGGCCCUGAAUUGUGUCUGCCCAGCUACCUCUACUCUUAUUACCCUUCUCGUCCAUACCUCCAGAGGGCAGGAAGGUCAGGAGUCUCCGGAACAAUGGCAAAGAAUGUACGGGCGAUGCUCGGGCAAUGAAGUUUACCACAUCCGCAUGGGUGACAGCAAGUUUUUCAUGGAGUACGAAGGAAAGAGCUUCACCUACGCGUCCUUCCAUGCUCACAAAAAGUAUGGUGUUUGCUUGAUGGGUGUGAAAAAGGAGAACAAGAGCAUCCUUCUCAACCCGGGACCACGACACAUCAUGACCGCGUCUGAUACGUGUUUCUACAUCAACAUCACCAAAGAGGAGAACUCCGCCUUCAUCUUCAAACAGGAAGAGAAGCAGAAACAGAAGCUGUUUAUGGGCAAAGGAAUCUACGACGGACCAUCAAGAUUGCCGGUCCAUAGCAUCAUCGCUAGCAUGGGCACGGUGGCCAUGGACCUUCAGAACACCGAAUGCCACCCCAACCACAGCUCCAAGCUAACUCUGCCAGCGGAGAACGGGUCUGGAAAAAGGAGACCCAGUAUCGCCCCGGUUCUGGAGGUGGCAGACGCCUCUUCUCUUCUACCCUGCGACAUGCUCAGCGACCAAUCCGAGGACGAGGUGACUCAGUCCGAUGACGACGGACUGACCAUUAUAGAGUACGUGAAGGGGUAUCCUCCAAACUCACCUUACAUUGGAAGUUCUCCUACCCUCUGCCAUCUUUUACCUGUCAAGGCCCCGUUCUGUUGCUUACGUCUGGACAAGGGCUGCAAACACAACAGUUACGAAGACGCGAAGGCCUAUGGCUUUAAGAACAAGUUGAUCAUUGUGUCCGCUGAGACCGCGGGCAACGGCUUGUAUAAUUUUAUUGUCCCUCUUCGGGCGUAUUAUCGUUCACGGAAGGAGUUGAAUCCCAUUGUGCUGCUGCUAGACAACAAACCUGACCAUCACUUCUUAGAAGCCAUCUGUUGUUUUCCAAUGGUUUAUUAUAUGGAAGGUACAAUUGAUAACCUCGAUAGUUUGCUGCAAUGUGGCAUCAUUUACGCUGACAAUUUGGUGGUGGUGGAUAAAGAAAGUACCAUGAGCGCAGAGGAAGAUUACAUGGCGGAUGCCAAGACCAUUGUCAACGUCCAGACCAUGUUCAGACUUUUUCCAAGUCUGAGUAUCAUUACGGAAUUGACACAUCCAUCCAACAUGAGGUUUAUGCAAUUCCGGGCGAAGGACAGCUACUCGUUGGCCCUUUCCAAACUGGAGAAGAAAGAACGAGAGAACGGCUCCAAUUUGGCUUUCAUGUUCCGCCUCCCGUUUGCCGCUGGCCGAGUUUUCAGCAUCAGUAUGUUAGAUACUCUCCUUUACCAGUCCUUUGUGAAAGAUUACAUGAUCACCAUCACGAGAUUAUUACUUGGUCUGGAUACGACGCCUGGAUCUGGCUAUCUCUGUGCAAUGAAAAUCACCGAAGAUGAUCUCUGGAUCCGAUCCUACGGGCGUCUCUUUCAGAAGCUAUGUUCUUCCAGCGCAGAGAUUCCCAUCGGAAUCUACCGAACCGAGUCCCAUAUGUUCUCCACCACCGAUCCUCAUGAUAUCAGAACCCAGUCACAGAUUUCAAUCAACGUGGAAGACUGCGAAGACCUCAAGGAAGGGAAGGAGACUUGGAACGCCAAGCCGCACCAUCACCACCACCGGAAUUCGUGCCCUGCUGACCAGACGGAGCACCCACUUCUCCGGAGGAAAAGCAUGCAGUGGGCUAGGCGGCUGAGCCGGAAAGGAGCCAACAAGCAGACCUCAAAGACGGCCGAGUGGAUCAACCAACAGAGACUGAAUCUCUACCGGCGGUCGGAAAGGCAGGAGCUGUCUGAGCUUGUGAAGAAUCGCAUGAAACAUCUGGGCUUACCCACAACAGGGUACGAGGAUGUAGCAAAUUUAACAGCCUGUGAUGUGAUGAACCGAGUAAACCUUGGAUAUUUGCAAGAUGAAAUGAACGACCAUCAGAACACGCUCUCCUACGUUCUCAUCAAUCCCCCUCCGGACACACGGCUGGAACUCAACGACAUCGUGUAUUUAAUACGACCCGACCCGCUCGCACAUGUGGAAAAUGAAGGCCAUAGUCGAAAGAGCAGCAGUCAUAAGAAGGCAAACCCUGAAACUCGAGACGAGACGCAGCUCUGAGUAACUCCCUCUUCCUGCACGGAAAAUACAUCUCUUUUGUUCAUGCAUGGAACUGCAUCAAAAUUACCAAUAAACAUAGGAAGGGGAAGAAGAUAUUUUUCAGGGGACACCUGUUGUACUUUGCAUUGAGCGAGUUUAAAAAGAUGACUUUGUUCAAGCUGGACUCUGGAUUCCGGAUCUACAGAGCUGGUAUGAAUGACUCCCCUCUCCCCCGUUUCCUGGUCAGGUUUUGGGUUCUCCUCCCAAAGGACUCCAGGUGGCUGGAGAAGCUUAGAACUUUAGAGGUAGCUCCUCUCGCGGAUGGACGAUUCGUACGCCACUUGGUUUUAAACUUUUCUAUCGUUUCAGAGGGGUUGUUGGGGGUGGGGGAAAAGAAGUAAAAAAAGCAAUUAAAAAUAUACCACAACUCGUGAACAUGUCUUCAUUGGCGUAAACCACGGGGGUGCGCGCAUGUGCCAUAGUAGAAGCCUCAUCCAUCGGGAGCGGAAGGAAGACCCAGCUCAGCAAUGCAGAAGAACGUCAAGACUCAGAGCUCAGGUUCACAAGCAUUCCUGCCAAGUGGAUGUUCCUAAAAUGAAGAAUAUUUAUUUUUAAUGUGCUUAAUUAAAAGCACAUUUAAUGUGCUUAGUUAAAACACCUUUGGAUGGUGUUACGCCGCACCAAGAGAACUGAUCCCAAAAUGAUGUUAAGGUUUGCAGCCUCCACAGAAAAUAUUUCAUAAGCACGACUGACUUCAGGACAUAAGUCCCUCUUUUGGAAAUAAAAUAUGGUCCUAAAUAUAUAUUUUUUUUCAUCUAAAGGCAUUUUUAUUUGUUGGGCAACUGCUGCUACAAAAGCAAAUGGA